GUUGUGAAGGAGAGUCACAGCCACAUGCCCCUGCUGUUGAGCUAGAAUCUCUACUGAUUCGCUUAGAGAAAGUAACAACUCGUUUGGAGCAAACUGCUGGGGUUGCGAGCGAAUCGCUGUUCAGGCAGCCUGCUUCUCAAAUCUCAGGUUCAGAACACUUGCCACUGCCUUCAUUGCAGCAACCCCCACCACCAUCAGAACUCACAGAGGAGCCCACACACAAGAUGAGUGUCGCUGCAUUCAAUGAUAUCCUACAAGGUUCGCUAUCCCAAUACUUGCAGUUGUCAGCAAAACUCGGUGGUGAUGUGGCCACACAUGCGAAACUUGUUGAGAAAGCCUUCCAGGCACAAUCACAGUUCUUGACAUUGGCAUCACAGUCUAAGGCCCCUUCAAGCCAGUCUGACAUUAUGAAGCUCCUGGAGCCUACAUCAGCACAGAUAAUAGCAGUCAUAGAUUUCUAUGAGAAGAAUCGUGGUUCGCCUUAUUUCAACCAUUUAAAUGCAGUUAGUGCAAGCAUAUCAGCGCUCAGUUGGGUUACUGUGGCAUCAGUCCCAGUUCCUUAUGUGAAGGAAAUGAAGGAUGCUGGACAGUUCUAUACUAACCGUGUACUGAAAGACUGGAAAGAAAAGAACGAGACCCAUGUGGACUGGGUGAAAUCCUGGAUUCAGACAUUGACAGAACUCCAACAGUUUGUAAAACAAUAUCACACAACGGGCUUAGUUUGGAGUGGUCAAGGGACUGCUACAGUGCCACCACCUCCACCAGGCCUUCCCCCACCUCCUCCGCUGUUGCCAGUUGGAGAUGUUGCUCCUUCAGUGGACGGUUCUUUGGACCGAUCAGCCCUUUUCAAAGAUAUAAACAAGGGUGAAGCAGUUACUUCAACACUGAAGCAUGUGACACCAGACAUGCAGACGCACAAGAAUGCUGCAUUGCGGGCUGGUCCUGCUCCCUUUAAAGCACCAGUUGUUUCAAACACUCAUAGGCCUGUUAGUGCUCCCAAGCCAGCUGAAAAGACACCAACGCUUUACAAGGAUGGAAAGAAGUGGAUUGUGGAACACCAUCAAGGCAAUCAUUCUCUAGUAAUUGAAGAUAAUGUUGAAAUGAACAAUGUGGUGUACAUGUUCAACUGUCGGGAUUCAACACUUACAGUGAAGGGGAAAUUAAACUCUGUGUUCCUUGAUUCAUGUCGUAAAUCUUCAAUCGUCUUUGACAGCCUUGUCUCAUCAGUUGAAUUUGUCAACUGCCAGUCUGUGCAAAUGCAGGUGCUAGGCAAGGUACCAACAAUCUCUGUUGAUAAAACUGAUGGAUGCCAGAUGUACCUGAGCCAAGAAUCGUUGGAUGUAGAGAUUAUAUCCUCCAAAUCGUCUGAAAUGAAUGUCCUAGUGCCCAAAGGAAAUGGUGAUUUCGUGGAGUUUCCUAUUCCAGAACAGUUUAAGACCACUGUUAAUCCCAAAGGUUUGGUAACAGUAGCGGUUGAAAACAAUGGGUAAGGCAAGGAUUAGAAGAGAGAAAACCAGUUGGCUGUCUUCACCACAGAUGUCACUGUCAUGUUCAGCAUACUGCGUGACUUACCCUCCAGAACACCGGUGUAGCAAUUCCUGAUUUCUUAACCUUGUAUUAAUUUUCCACAAUCUGUUAAACCAUAAUAGAACCUGAUUGUAUUUUAAAACUUUGAGACUCUUGUUUGGCAAUAAUUAUAUGGUGUAAAAUAUGUCUUGCUAAGGAUAUUACUGAUAAAGAGUGAAAUAUUUUCUUUCAAGGGAAGAAAUUAUGUGAUGUGAAAAUUGGAAUUACAUUUAAUGUUAAUUUGUUCUGUGAUGAAAGCAUUGGUUACAGAUCCUGCAACUUGACAGUGAGUCUCAGUUUGUUCCCAUUAGACAGAACUGGUGGUGGGAGGAAUAUUCAAAACUGAGGGUUCAGUCCAAAGACUGGUUGAAUAGGGUGAAACCCAUGGAGUUAAAUAUUGUAAACUAUAAUACAUUUGUUAAUAUAUCUGGACUUUGUGUGUUUUGGAUAAGAUAUUAACAAUUUUUGACUAACAUAAUUUUGAAUUGAUAAGGAAACUUUUUUUAACAUAGUGGGUUGUGCUUUCUAGUUCCUUGUACUGACCUAGAUGUCCUUGUCUUAACCUUGAGAGAAUAAUACCAGGAUUUAUAUAUUUAGGUCAUAAAUAAUUUUACUUUCCAUUUUGCUGUCUCCAAUCCCAUCAUUACACCAGAAUAAUGGUUUUGAAGCUUGUAUGCUUUAUUGUAUGUGAUAUUUUUAUGUGUGAAUGUAUUAUAUAUGCUUUUACCAUGAACUGUCACCAUGUGGACUCUUGUUUCAUCUUUGAUACAGUAAAUGGAAUUUUUGGAAGUGUUGUCUUCCAGUCUACAUU